GGUGGAUGAAGUUUGCUGUUAGAGGAAGAACCUUAGUGAAGACACUUGUAACAGGAGCAGUGAAUCCUCGUCAGCGCCAGGUGUGUUGAUUUAUUAAUGAGGAGAAAUGGACGAAGAAGACCAGGAAGGUCCACGUGACGUGGUGUCAGGCAGUGGUGGAUUGUGGGAUCAUGUCCACCUCAGCACUGAUCAUCACACUGAAGAUGAAGGUUCGCACCAGGAGCCUCCUCUUCCUCCUGAUUUGGAUUGGCUAGAAGAGUUGUCUGAAGAGGACGAUGGUGACGGUGACCUUGUGGUUGAGGCUGAUUAUGGUCAGAAGAGGAGUUAUGCCGAGACAGCACGGAUGUUCAAGCUGAGGCGAAACCUGGACCAGCUGGACUCUUUUCACCGACAGAAGGAGCAUGACGUGCUGAGAGCCAGAGAAGAGCUGAAACUCUGUCGUGAGAAUGUUAAAAGUUUGGAGGAGCAGAGGGAUACUUUGGAGGAAAAGAUAGACCAACAGAAAGCAGCAGACAACAGUGUGGCAGUGUUUCGUUUACGAACCCAGCACAAGCAUUUGUGUCAGAAGCUGCAGAGUGAAGAGGAGCUGGAAGGCCACCUCAACAUUGAGCUGAAGCAGCUAAAACUGGAGCUGAAUGAGGUGGAGAUGGAGCUCAGCAGAUUCUCUUCACUCCGGCAAGAGGUGCAGGAGGAGGAGCGGCUCUUCCAGGACCUUAAGGUCCAGAAGGCAGCAACAAGGCUGCAGCAGGAGAGACAAGCCACCCAGAACCUUCAGCUCAAGAUUCGGCAUCUCAAGGAUAAACAGGUCACCAUGAAGAAGAAAGAGGAGCUUGAAUGUCAGAGGAAAAUUGAAGAGCGCCAGGCGAACCACAAGAUAGCAACCAAGUACUUGAAAGAGACCAUUAAAAGGAUGCAUCAGGAAGAGGCCGAGAAGGAGGAACAGAAAAGACAGUUACUGGAGAAGAGGAUACAAGCUGUCAAGUCACUAAAAUCCAACAUAGCAGCGACACAAGAGAGCUUACGGAUCCAACAAAACAGAGCUAAAGCAAAUGCCCAGGAGAAAGAAGAACAACAAAAACAAUUGAGAAAAUCCCUGGAGGCCCAAGGCAUUAACAGUAUCAGGCAUAUGCACCAACAGAAACAACUAGAGACGAUUAAACAAAAACAAGAGGAAUUUGAAGAGAGACAGAAGUCAAAGAAGGUGAUCGUGGCAAAAAUCAUCCAGGAGGAACAGCUGGUGAAGAGCAGAAAGAGGCACCAGGCGAAACUACCUAAUAUCUCAAGCACUGACAAGUUGUCAUCUCUGGGGAGGGUAAGAGACAAUCUCCUGCACUACCUGGACCCCAGACCCCCAUCAGCCACAGAGGAGAGAGCCACAGCUCAGUGGAGAGAAACAAGUGGCAUCAGCAGCUCAUCGUCAGCUUCCUCUGAUGGUGAGGACCCAGAGGAAAACAUGCGCCAGGAAGUGGACCACCUGAGUCCUGCUGACAGCUUGGCUCAGCCUGAAUUCUCUGGGCUGUGGGACGAGAAGUACAAGUCACCCCUCAAUUUGAAGACAACACUGGUGCAAACGGAAGUAAAGCAGGAAGAAGCUGCACUGACCAGUGGAAAGCUCAACGUGCCUGUUAAAAAAGUUCAUGGAAAAGAAUUGAAAGGGCCUCCAUUCAUCAGCAAACCAGAGGUCCUCCUCUUCAAGGACUUUGAAGUGCAGAAAAUAUAUAAGAAGAAAAUUGUUCUGACUAACACCAGCUACAUCACGAACCACUGCAAGCUCGUCGGGGUCUCUGCUCAGCUGAAGGAUUCUAUCUCUAUCAACUUUGAGCCUCCAGGUUCUUUACCUGCCGGGAUGUCCUGUGACGUGCAGGCUGUUUUCCAACCUAUGAUCAACGAGGACCUGGAAGGAGACGUCCAUUUUUCUUCAGCGGCGGGUCCCUUCUCUGUGCCUGUCAGGUGCACCAUAAAGAAAUGUGAGCUGGUGGUUGACAGUGAGUUAGUGGACUUUGGUUCACACGUGGUGGGCCAGACUAUUUCACGGACUAUCACCUUGACCAACAAGGGAGCUCUGGCCACACUCUUCAGCCUGGACACCUCCACAUGGCUCAGUCCAGAAUCUCACCAUGUCCAGAUGCCAUCACAGGUCUCACAUGCCCACACAUGCCAGGAGACAAGCAGUCAAAAUACAACAUGUGGCAUUCAAAAGAGCUCUGAAGAAAUCCAAACAAAGCAAGAGAGUCAGGAGCUCUGUGAGGCAUCACAGCAAGAGAAACCAGAUGAAGUUGGCAGGGCUAUUCCUGAGGCGUGUGUGUCCACUAAUGCAGAACCCCAGGUAGACGAGUGCCCCGAAGACACCAGUGACAUAAGUCCGGGAAAUGUUAGAGAGGGGGAGAUUGGACCUUUUGAAAGCAUCAAACUAGAGGUUGUUUUCACUCCAACUGUUCCAGGAGAGGCCAAACUAGAUUUCCACAUCAAGUUCUCCAACCAAUCCAGCAAACCAAUACCUAUCUAUGUGAGGGGUAUUGCAGUCAGCAUCCCUGUUUGGGUGGUUCAGCCCACUGUUGAUCUGAAGAUCUGCAUGUUCGACCGCCUCUAUCAAGACACUGUUGUGGUCCACAGCAGAGCCAGCACAGCGUUGAAGGUGACUUUUGAUGUGUGCCCGGAAAUGAGGAAACACAUGGAGAUCUUACCAAAGACCGGCUUCAUCCAGGCUCAAUCAAGCCUUAAUGCCCAACUGAAGUUCCUGCCGAGACGUUCCUUGUCCAAAGAUGUCAAGAAGUAUUUUGACAGUGAUACAGGAGUCCUGGAGGUUCCAGUGACAGUGCAAGUAGCAGGCCAGGUGCAGCCUGUCCAUUUCACAGUGCAGGCAGUGGUGACUUCCUCAGACCUGCAGUUCGAGCACACUGAGGUGGACUUUGGCGUCUGUUCCAUUUACCAGUCGGUCAAGAGCAGCAUUCGCCUCACAAACCUUUCCCUGCUGCCUCAGGACUUUGGCUUCUUGGGAGUUCCAGAGUUUAUUGAGGUCCAGCCUAAUGAUGGUUUUGGUACCCUGCUCCCACAACAAACCCUGGACAUGGAUCUGAUUUUCAGUGCCAACAAAGCCAGAGAGUACAACUUCCAGCUCACCUGCAAGUCUGGAAUUAACAGAGAUUUCCUGCUGUCUUGCCGAGCAGUGGGUGUCUGCCCUCCCCUUGAGCUCUCCCAUUCUCUGAUCCAGUUUGGAGCCACAGCAUUAGGUGACUACUCCACCGCCAUAAUUGACCUCAUCAACCCUCACGUCAACCGUAACCAGUCCAAACAAUCAGUGACGCCAGUGAUCAAGGACGUCACGACUCCUGAAGCACCCAGGCUGUUCUCCUUCACCCUGCCCGAGGAUUCGGACAUCAGCAUCACCCCUUCAGCAGGACGCCUGCUCCCCGGUCAGAGAUGCCAGGUUCAGGUGACGUUCAGACCCAGACUAUUGGAGCAUGAGAUCAGAGAAGAGGUGCUGCGUGUUCUCCACCGAGCCAAGCUGCUCCGCGAGAAGGAGCUGGAGAUGAACAGACUCUCUGAACAGGAGACUACAAAGGAGAUCCCAGUGGAACCCAGCAAAGGAAAAAAAGCAUCUACAAAUCUAAAGAACAGCAAGAUGUCAGAUGACCCAAAGACAGACCAACAAUCAGAAUCACCAAAUCCUGUCGACAUACAGCCAGGGUCAGAGCAGUAUGAGCAGGCCAGGGCUUCUCUGCUGUGCUCCUUCACUCAGCGCUGCAGCGACUUCAUCGUUCCCUGUUUCAUAUCAGAAGGAGACCCUCCUGACGAUGACAGACAGGCCCCACCAGCAUGGAGUGCCUUCAACACGCUCUACUUGAAGCUGCAGUGUCCUGCUGUCCAGCCCUCUCUAAUGGGGAUUUCCAACAACGGACACAACAUCAUAGACUUCCAUCAGGUGGCAGUGGGACAGAAGGUGAUUAAGAAGUUUACAAUUCAGAACAUUUCGAAUGAAUCUUUGGAUCUGAGGACAUCAGUGCUGGACAUACAUGGUCCAUUUUCUCUCCUCAACGCUCCCAGAUGCAUGAGACCAGGAGAAAAACACACUCUGUUGUUGGCCCUCAGUCCAGGUCUGGAGAAAACGUACUGUGAGACUCUGGACAUCCAUGACCAUAAAAUGACCCUGGAGGUGACUCUGCGUGGGGAGGGCGUGGUCCCCGCUGUCACCUCGUCCCACCCUGGAGGUCUCCUCGACUUCGGUUGUGUGUUAGAGAAGGAGAGCACCUCACAGGUCCUGAAGUUGCAGAACAACUCUACGGUGGCGGUGGGUUUCAGGGCGCUGCUUGCCAGUCUGUCUCCCUCCAGGCUUCAGGGUGGCGCUGACAGUGUUGCUGUCCUGCUGGGUGGUUAUGCAGACUCUCAGGUCCAGCCCAUUGUGGGAACCCAGAACUACAGUGGGCUGAGUGUGUUUAGUGUAGUUCCAGUAGAGGGCAGCAUUGCUCCAGGACAGAGCCAGGACAUCACUGUCACCUUUCAGCCUGACCACCCGUCUGUCAACUACUCUGACAAACUCACCAUACAGCUCAUGAAUAAGAGUAAAGUGUGUGUGAUGGAUCUGAAGGGGGCCGCCUCCUCACACAACACGUAUCUAUACGGAGGAGACGCCCUGACCGUGCCCAUAGAAUCCCUCCUCCCUCCACUGAUAACCAGUCAAACUCAGCCCACAGCAGAGUCAGAAGUGAUGUCAGAUCCCAGCAUCCCGGUGCUGGUGAGCCUACGGGCCCGCUGCAGCGGGGGUGCCAUCACGCCUGCAGUGAGGGAGCUGCAGGUGGGCUGCAUCCGCUCCACGCAGCCCACUAAGAAGAGUGGUGAGUUUUACUGGGAGAAUGUGGCAUCCCUUCAGCAGCAGGGCUUCAGUAUAGAGCCCAGCAAAGGCACAGUGGAGGCAGGCCACACACGCACCAUCAGGGUCACAUGGAGCCCUCAGAGUGGAUACAAGCCCUAUGAGGUGGUGCAGACAUGUGUGCCUCUUACUGUGAAGGGGGAUGAAAGGAAUAUUUACAGAGUCACCUUGAUGGCUUUGGUCUCCAACUCUGCUGACUGACCUCUGCUGUACCUGCUGAUGAUGGCCAUUGGGGAGAUCUGGUCUCACACACACACACACACACACACA